AUGCCAAAUCCAAUUUCUGAUAUAGAAACUCAUGGAAUAACUAUCACUGGUCAAAUAGGAAAUGUUCUACUUACCCCUCAUUUAAAGAUGUUUAUGAACUCAAACUCAAGGAGGAGUUUGGGAGAUGGCUCACAAGAAUUUUGUAAUAUUUUAGUUAGUGCAGAUGAAAUUAAUUCUCCAAAUUCAACAUUUAUGAUGACGCGUUUAAUACCAAUCAAGCAGAACAAAACGAUGAGAAAAAUGAGAGCAACAUUAGUUUAUUCUUAUCCUUUUAAAUUCGAUAAUAUAGAUUUUGAAUCUGACAAAGUUAAAGUUGAUAAUAAUGAUCCUGCAUCAGUUAUCGAACAUGUCAAACGAUUAAUUCGAACAUUAAGGCCAGAUUGUGAAUUAACUGAUUUAUUGUUAAAAUUAUGGGAUUUGCCUAAAACAAUUCCAAAUGAUCCAAUAAAGCUUCCAUUUAAAAGGGAUGCUACUCAUGCUAUGAGUCUCAUAUUAGGAUUAGGAGCAAACAAUGUUAUACAAGAUGCUGAUAAGCAUUAUCAAAUAUACGGACAAUACUAUUUCUUUUAUUGA